CACAACUUGUCACUGUGCGUCUGUUCUGAGUCAGUUGUUUAGAUUCAUGCGCUGGAAAAACAUUACGCGAUAAUAACAGAUACAGCAAACAGUGGGGUGUACGAUUUCACGAACAUAUUGCCGAAUUUUCAGUGUUUAUUCUGCGUGUCCACAUCGCAUCAUGGCAGAAAAUCAAGACACAAUCAAAGAAAAGGACAGUCCGGCCGAUGGUGUGCCACAGCUAGAUCUGACUAAAACGUCGAAACAGAUUUAUUUUGAGCUGCUGCGAACAUGGGUCUAUCAUGCGGAGAUGCAAAACCAUCUGCACGCUCACUUUCCGUACUAUUUGAUGAGCAACUAUCCGCAGCUGUUUCAACUGAACGCUGCAGGUAGCGUACCGUCGGCAGUUCCCGGCAUGGGAUCCUUCCUGACCGGUAUUCCUACAACGACCGGGGGUAGUACGACGACUGGGAUUAAUUCAUCCGGUGCCCCAACAGCACAGGGACAAAAUGCAACCUCAAAUCGAGGACGGAACGAAACGGUCGAUCCAACCCGACCGGACGAUGCUAUCAAUCGCCACGGUGGUUACGAGUACGUCAUUGCUCCGCUUUGGAAACGAUUUGCCGCUGAAGCCAUCGAUAUUGCGAUAAUAUUUCUGCUUAAGAUAAUGACAACACUGGCGUUUAUAGAUGCGUUUGAAAUCGAUCUCUUGUACAUGGACCUGGACGCGAUUCGCAACUCGUUCGAGGAAGAUUACACCGAGCUGUUAUCAUUCACCUCGGAGCUAAUAUUUCUGGAGAUAGGCAUCAAGAUUGCGGUAUGCAUCUACGAAGCGGUAUGGACGGCACACGUACAGGUGAUACCGGGCAGUGCAACACCCGGCAAGAUGUUGAUGGGUUUGCGAAUCGUUUAUGCCGAAUCGGUAGCUGUGCUGGAACCACAGCCCCAGCCCGGUUUGCUAAGCAAUCAGAUACCACUCAGGGCGCUACUGUAUCCGGGCACCACACCAAGCUUUGGCCGUGCGUUUGCCCGAGCCGUCGUGAAGAAUGUUGUGAUAGCAUUUUUCUUUCCCAUGUGUCUGCUGCUGCUGUGCUUCCGACAGAAUCGUUCCAUCUACGACGUCAUGACAAAGACGGUCGUGGUGGAAGACAAUCCCAAUCCGGUGCUAAGAAGGCGCUAGAGGCAGGAAGUGAAUUGUAAAUGGCUGUGGAAGAACCCAGUACCAAAAGAGUUUUUUCUUUCUUUCAUGAAUAAUAUCAUCGCAAAACCAAGGGAAAGGUUUUGGAGCACAUUUCGUGUUCGCUGAUAAGAGUAAGGUAAAAUUUUCAGUUAACCAAAUACAAAACAAUCCACUAUGGUGAAGAGUUACGCUGAUACUAUAAAUGUAAUAAAUGUGCAAAAAGUAUAGGAGCAGGCACCGUUUACAAAAUGGUUUUGCAUCAGCACAGUA